UCAGAGCGAUAGCUGAGGAGAAAGUUUGUACAAACAUUAUGGGAUUGCGAUGUAUAUGUGCCAGUAAAAACGCCUCGCGGACUCAAACAUGCGGAGAAAAAUGUAAAGAAGCAGAUCAAUAUCCGUGUGGUGACACAGCUGGCACCAACAUAUUCUCAUUUUACACAGUUGAAAACGUUCCUCCUAGCGAACAUUCACAAAACAAUAAAAGAAACUGCCUACUGUUCUACUAUAAGUACAAAAAUGGGAAUGAUUAUUACUGGGAGUCAUGCAAUUUAAAAACCACCCCAAAAUUAUUAUGCAGCAACAAAAACUUUUCAGAUUGUAAACCGAUGGCAGAAAUACACAAUACAAGUAAUGAAGUUUGGGCCAAGGCCGUUGAAAGCUGCGUCGAUGGAGGAAAAUUCCCUGCAUCGAUACAAAGUAUCAAAAAUGUUAAAUUUACCAACGAGGACAAGCAGAACCAUUGGACAGGAAUAAUUAAAAAAGAAUCUAUAAUAUCUAAGAGCAAUAUGCUUGAUUAUAGCACCGAUCCACCUUUGACGUAUGCAUAUGUGGAGAAGAUAAACCAAGCUUUUGUCGUCAGCUUUGAAGGUGGCUCGAGAGAAAAGAAAAACAGCUUGUGCGCAGGAGAUGGCACCACAUCGACAGGACCCACGAUAACGACAGGAGAUACACAAUCAUCUUAUUCGGAAUCAACCACGACAACAGGUCCUGCAUCAAGCGUGACGUCAACCCGGGAUGACAAAACAACAUAUACACAUUCGACACAAACACCAGUAUUGAAUGCAUCUACAACGCCAAUAUCGCAUCAGGUACCUGAAGGAACAGCAGCGUCCUUAGACAAGGACGAAGGAGGUUCAACGGCAGGUGUUACUGCUGGUGUGUCCGUUUUUCUGGUACUGCUUAUCAUUAUUACGAUCAGUGUACUGAUUUUCAUGAAAAGAAGGGGACUUUUAACAAAGUGCAACAAACAAAAUGAUGAAAAAAGCAGCCAUACCGAAGACACAGCCACCGAUAUAGCAUACAUAUCAACACCGAUAUUUGAAUCUACUACAAACACAAUGGAUGACUUAACAGACACAAAUCAUUCUUAUUUUGUGCUUGAAAAAACGUUUGAUGAAGAAACCAAAGAGGAUACUGAUUACUAUGCAGAGCCAGAUACGACCGAUGUUGACCAUUAUGAUUUGACCGAUGAGUCACAAAAAGAUACUGAUAACAAUUACGACACAACUGAUGACAAAAAGAGCUCUGUCAAGGCUGGAUUGGUGAAGCCAAAUAAUAGUUAUAACAAAGUCACUUUAAAUCAAACUAAUGAGUACGAUCAUAUUAAUGGAAGACCGCCAACGUCGGACAGACAAACUGAAAAUGAAUACGAUAUUUCGAAUAACCUGAUCGACGGUAAACGUAAUGAUAAUAUCGGAGAUGACAGUGAUACAUAUAACCAUUUGAACAAACAUGAAUCGAAGAGCUCUGGCACAGAUAACGUUUAUGGAAAGUCAGAAACAGAUGGCGAUAGUGGAUAUGAUACUUCCCGUGCUCUAACCCUUCGCAGGAACGUAGAUGAACAUGAUCAGCAAGCUGAUUAUGAUGUGAUCAAAAAGAAAUGGUAGAACUAUGUGCCAGUUAAAGGACAUUUACUUAAAUAACUUGAUCAUUUAAAGUUAUCAAAUUCCAUGAAAUUUGAAAGAUGCAUAGAGAGUUUGUCAACUUAAUGUUCCUGAUUAAUCCUAUUCUUGUAAAGUUGCCCUAUCUGUCACUUUUGUUUGCAAAAACACUCAACAAAACAUGCUCAUCCAUCAGUUAAGAAAAACAUGAUCGUAAUGCAUAUUUAAUAUCAAGGAGAAAGUAUUUUUGCGCACUUCUUGCCAGCGUUAUAUAUAUCUACGAUAUUACUGUUCGCCUGAAGUGAAACAUGUUCUAUAAGAGAACGUAUGGAAACGCAUUAAUGCACUACGUAAAUUAUGGAAAUUUAAGCAACUCAAAUCUAGACGUAAAACAUAUACAUGUAUAUUGUGUCUCUUGUACAAAAUGCAUUUUUGCAUGACUACAUCCUAUCUUUCUUGUUAAAUGACUUCAUCAGUUUCAGUAUAUUUGUCCAAUAGUCUCAGAAAAAAACCUCUCCGCGGUUACGGAACUUGAAUUGAAAAUCACAACACGUCUCGCAAUCGUUUUACCAUCAACAACAUCUUUUUGGAUUGCGCUUCCGUCAUCCAUGAGAAAAGCUACAUCACUGCAAUCAUUACUCUUUUUGUUAAAUAACAAUGCUUAGUAUCACCAAGGGUCUAGCGUCAACAACUUUCACCAUGCUUACAUUUGAAUGCAUUGCAGCAAUGUAAAUGAACAUCUCCUCCUUAGAAUAUCGUAGAAAGUCCCCUGUGUACAUUUGGAGCAAUAGAAGACACUUAACACCUUUUUAACAGGUCCAUUAUAUAUAAACCACAUAAAGGUCGUGUUUGAAAAUAUCAGUCCCCUUAACCCUAUUACUAUACAACUUAUAUUGUUUGAAGACACAUCUUGCACCUCAAUUAUCAACAAGCAUAUCGUCUACCAAGUAUAAACAUUUACUCCUAACACCAAACGUUAUACAAACUUAUUUCAACAUCGAACAUACUCACCAUCCCUGACUAUGCUAAGUUACUUAUAUUUCCCUUUCAUCUAUCUUUCCGUCCUAUUCCUUCACUCCUGUUCUAUCUUCCGUACUACACAUGUCAAACUUUUGUUUAUUUUUAUGCAUUUAGAAAUACAUGUAAUUUAAAUCAUUUUUGCAUUUUGAUAAUGCCAUCUUCUGAAACAAUUAUCAAUGCCUGUUUAUUCUUUAUAUUAAGUGUGAAUAAUGAAUCAAAAAUGACAACAUGUUAACACAUCAUGCCAUUUGUUCUAAUGCUAUACAGAAGAGAGACUUAUAAUAAUAUGCCUACUUCUCAAUCCGGUAAAUAAACAGUUAAAUUUAUAGUGCUAGUAGAACUAAUUCUUGAUAUCUUAAACUUACAAAUAUUGACUACCAUAAUUACUUAAAAUAUUGACUACCAUAACUACUUUGUGAUUAUUUGUCUACUUGUUAUUAUCUGUGUUUUUGAACCUUAACU